UUUCCCAAUGUUCCUCAUUCUUUCUAAUUAGUUGUUAGUUACUAAGCUUCUUGUGGUCCCCACACGGGCCCUGCCCUCCACAUACCUAGAUCCAGUCACACCAAGCUACUUCCAGUUCCCCAAAGUUGCCCAUUCUCUCUUGGAUUUGGUCUGUUGCACACAUUGUUUCUACAGGCAGAAACUGCCCACUGCUCAGGCAGCCCUCCCCCUUCUCCUGGUCUUAGCAUAACCUGCUGCUCAGGAAGGCUUUUUCGGCUGGGUUAGCUCACCUCUAUGAGCUCCCUGAAAAUCCUGUGCUCUCCUUAGGAGCCGGUUCUCUUAUCUUCUCCCCUCUCCUGUGAGACUAACUUGAACUAGAUAGACUAAGGGCCAGUGUCCAGUGCAAUGCCUUCCAUAGAACAGAUACUCAAUAGUAUUUGUUGUGUCAAUGAAUAAGUGAAUGCGUGAUUGGGUGGAUGGAUGGAUGGAUGGACAAAUGGAUGGAAAGAUGUUUGGAAAGCCAUGAAAGGAUGUGAAGCAGGAGUGAUUAGGUUAGAUUUGUAUUUUAGAGGAUGGCUUUGAGGGUGGUGGGAUGGAGACAGUGAAUCCGAUAGGAGGCUGUUGCAUUGAUUCUGGGGAGGAAGUUCUGGCCAAGACAAUCAGGGACACUGGUGAGGGCGCUGAAGAGGAGGAGAUGGAUGUGGGGAACGUUUAGGAGUUGAAAAUGGUAAAACUGGGAAAUUAAGUGGAUGCUGUGGAUGAAGAUGAGGGAGGAAGCUGAGGGCCAGCCAUCCAACGUGAGCGACGUGAGCGUCGGUGAGGCCACAGACGACGGGAAAAUGACGGACGCAGGGUGGGCCUCACUGACACGUCCUGUGUGGCAGCAGGAAGCUGGUUAUGUCAAACUUCCACUCGGGGGAGGGUGGUGAGGUCUGGGAGUGGUGAGAGUGUAGAUGACGUUAAAACCACGGAGGAGGUGCCGUCCCACAAAGAGUGGAAAGAACAAACCAAUGUGAAAUGUGAGUGGGAGGGACGUCCAUCGCACCCACGGGCUCGAGUCGAAGUCAUUUGGGCAUGUCACGUUCCUGUCAUAGGAGAUCGGAGGCUCCCUGAAGGGGCUCACUGCACCAAUGAGGCCCUGCCUCUGACACAGCGUGAACCACAUCCUCUAAACAAAUGCAGCCGAGAGACAGGCCCAGUUCCCUGAGCCCAUGAGGGGUGAGGCCCCUUCAGGCCCAAAGAUGGGGAACGUCACUGCGAACAACGCCUCACAGAACUGUACCAUCGACCACACCAUCCACCAGACACUCGCCCCGGUGGUGUACGUCACGGUGCUGGUGGUGGGCUUCCCGGCCAACUGCCUGUCUCUGUACUUCGGCUACCUGCAGGUCAAGGCCCGGAACGAGCUGGGCGUGUACCUGUGCAACCUGACAGUGGCCGACCUCUUCUACAUCUGCUCGCUGCCCUUCUGGCUGCAGUACGUGCUGCAGCACGACAAUUGGUCGUACAGCGACCUGUCAUGCCAGGUGUGCGGCAUCCUCCUGUACGAGAACAUCUACAUCAGCGUGGGCUUCCUCUGUUGCAUCUCCAUCGACCGCUACCUGGCCGUGGCCCACCCCUUCCGCUUCCACCAGUUCCGGACCCUGAAGGCGGCCGUCGGCGUCAGCGUGGCCAUCUGGGCCAAGGAGCUGCUGGCCAGCAUCUACUUCCUCCUGCAGAAGGAGGUGGUGGAGGACGCGAACCAGCACCGCGUCUGCUUUGAGCACUACCCCCUGGUGCCAUGGCAGCGAGGCAUCAACUACUACCGCUUCCUGGUCGGCUUCCUCUUCCCCCUCUGCCUGCUGCUGGCCUCCUACCGCGGCAUCCUGCGGGCCGUGCACCGCAGCCACGGCACCCAGAAGAGCCGCAAGGACCAGAUCCAGCGGCUGGUGCUCAGCACCGUGGUCAUCUUCCUGGCCUGCUUCCUGCCCUACCACGCGCUGCUGCUGGUGCGCAGCCUCUGGGAGUCUAACUGUGACUUCGCCAAGGGCAUCUUCAACGCCUACCACUUCUCCCUGCUCCUCACCAGCUUCAACUGUGUGGCCGACCCCGUGCUGUACUGCUUCGUCAGCGAGACCACCCACCGGGACCUGGCCCGCCUCCGCGGGGCCUGCCUGGCCUUCUUCACCUGCUCCAGGACCGGUGGGCCCAGGGAGGCCUACCCACUGGGUGCCCCCGAGGCCUCCGGCGGGAAGAGCGAGGAGCCUGAGCUGUUAACGAAGCUCCACUCAACCUUCCAGACCCCUAACUCGCCUGGCGGGGAAGGGUCCCCCACGGCCAGGCUGGCCUAGCCGCGGGGUCGCCCACAUGUGGUGUGCCGUGAGGUCUGAGCUUGCUGGCUGGCUGCCGCCUGCUUGGCCGAGUGCAGGUGCCUCUUUCUGCUGGAGGGGACAAUGGGCCGGCGCCACUGAACCCUGAGCCUGGGCUGCAGCAAGACCUCUCUGGUUCCAGGGAGGCUGCUGGGGCUUGCUGAGCCUGAUGGGGCUGUUGAUUGUGGGAUCAGCUCUGCCAGCUCAUGGGUGUCUUCUGCUGCAGGCUGGGCUGCUGGCGGGAGGGACAGUGAACUGUACCUCCAGGAAGUUUUCUAAAGGAAGCUGGGUUGGGGGGUGCAGUGUGAGGACAUAGGAGAGAGGGAUUGGGAGAUGGGGGUGGGUACUUGGGUGUGCACCAGCCAGGGCCUCUAGUGCCAUUGUGGUCACAGAUGACACCUAUCCAAAUGCACCAAUGUUAUCUGAGGAGGUGACACACGAAGCUGUAUUGUCACCAUUAACCCUUGAGCUUAACCCAUGAAGGAACUGGAAGAUGAGUGGGGCCAGGAAGCGGGAUGGGGAGAAGGACGUUGGGGAGGCAUUUGGAGCACUUGGAAUGUGCAUGAGGGGACAGUGAUGGGAGUGACAGGCAGAAGAGAGACCCUGGCUCCAGACAUGUUGCAUUUUCAUAGGAAGAGUUGAGCAGAUUCCCCAAGCCCCAGGCUGAUGGAAAACAAAUCUCGGAGCUCCCUGGGGUGAUGUCUGGUCCUUUCAAAAAUCAGUACUGAAGCACCAGUGUCAGGACAGAGGCCUAAAGCCAGUGUGUUUACUGGGGUUCCCCCCACACAGAUUCUUUCUAAUUAGUGUUCUGUUUCCAUCUGCCUUGGAACACCAGACUCGGAAGCCUCUGUGUGUGUGUGUGUGUGUGUGUGUGUGUGUGUGUGUGUGUGUAUCCAUGGUUAAAAGGCCAGGGUCUCCAUGACAGCUGUGUGCCAAGACACGGAGGCUAGGGUCAUGUGACCACUGGCCGUGUCCCCCCACCCCGCCCCCACUUCUGUCCCCUGCCACACCCACUAUGGAGUGUCUAGCAGUCUCAGAGAGGAGCAUGGCAUUCUCCCUGAGUUCUCAGACACAACGAAACAAACAAAACAGUGACACAGUCUCUGGUAUCUCUCAGCCCAAAGCUCCACUAUGGUUUAAACGGCUCCUGUGACAGAGAGGAGGUGGCCCCGGCCUUCUUUGUUCUCCGGCAUGAUGUCUCACCUCACCCACCUGGAGAGUGCUAGUGGGCCCGUGGGCCACAUGUAGCCCAGGGCACUUUUGUCUUGUCCUGAAAGGCUGGGUGUGGGCUCAGCUCUCCUGCCUCUCUGCACUGGCCAUGUUGAGCCCCUGCCCUGGUGACCAUACCGAGGACCAGAAGAGCCUAUUACUGCCCCAGGGACCUGCCAACCUUAACAGAAAUGCUAGUCCUCCAGAUGUCCUGGUUGGUGGGCUGGGCCAGCUCUGACUUCCCUGGGAUUGGAGCUCCUCACAGCCAAAGGACAAAUGGGACAGGUAUGGGGAGAUAGAAGCUGGCAUCAGUAGAACAUUUCUGAAAUCUGCUAAAGAUUUUUGAAAUCUGCUAAAGAGAGGGCCAGGAAGAACAGCUUCAAUCUCUCUUCCCGUCUCUGCCCACUUCUCCAAGAGGUAGAUUUACCCUGCACCUCUUAACCCUUCCAUCAGGGGUGUCCAGAGGCAGAGAGCCCAGGCUGGACUGUCCUAAAGAAGUGGGGUCCCAGGACUACACUUGGCUUUGACUGGGUGGUACCUGCCCCAGCUCCUUAUGGAUGGCCUCCUAUAACCUGAAGAGGUUCUCUUCCCCUUCCUAGAGGAGGAGGUGACAGGGUCUGAAGGUGGUGCAAAUGGCCACACAGCCAAGAAAAGUCCACCAGCCCAGGCCUCAGCCCAGGAUCUUACUGGGGCAAUGGCACUGAUUGAGCCCUCCAUGCCUCCUCAUUUCAAAUUUUCCCCCAUUUUGACCUUAAACAUGGUUGUUCUCACUGAGAUGGACUGGGAUGUGCUGAGGGCCGUCCCGUGUACUAUCAAGAGUUGUAUUUUCCUUUCUUUUAUGCCAAGUGCGUGUGUGUUGGACUGUGUAAUGGAUUUACGUAGCAAACUUGAGUCCCCGAAUAAAACAAAGUAACCAGCCACAGCUAGAGUGCUGCAGUCCUUAUGGGGAAGGAACGUCUUCUAACACCAGAGGGAUCUAGAGGGCUCUUGAAACACCCAAUGGAGUCAGGAAUGUCCAGGGACUGACUUUCUCACAGAAAACUUGAACAGAGAAAUUAGGGGAUUUACCCUUGAUCACCUAGCAGUGUCCAAGAGGGAUGGAGCCCUCAAGUGAAGAAAAGUCUCCUCCCCCUUCUCUUUGCAAAUCCACUCUGGGACUUGGCCAUCUCCCCUGUGAGGACAGAGCCUAGCCCUGUGGUUUGGAGACUAUCACUCCUUCUGCCCUUAGACACGCGGCCUCUUCCACCCUCUGAGCAGCUGCCGUGGGAGGGCUUGAUCAGAGCCUCCUCACCAGAGCAGAUUGCCAAAGCAGAAAGGCCUGUUGCAGUCAUCUCUCAGGGGUUGUCCUCACUGUUUUGUCUGGGGAGGCCCACAUCUGUUGACCAGCCUUUAUAGGCUGGAGUAUCUUCUCAUAGUGGCAGGCUCCAUGUUUAUUGCUAAGGAUUAACUGCAUCAUAUUAAAAUGUAAAUUUGGUUUUGGUCACUUAAUCCCUCGUUGGGACAGAUUCCCGGAGUCUUGAGUGUUCCGGAAGAGUCAAUCCUUCUUCCAAACAGACUGCGGACAUUAUUGGAGCUUAGGAAUCCUUUCUCUCCUGGGAGAAUGGGUAGAGGAAAAGGUCCAUCUGGCUUGGACUGAGGUGACAGAAGCCAUUAGAUCCCUUUCUUAUUCACCAGUGUUGCUUGGCUAGAUGAGCCUCAUCUUCCUGUUUAUAGAGAGUGUUCUGUGGGUUGUUGGUCAGACCAGAGUGCGAGAAAUUUUCAGCACAGAAUACACCCUCAUCUGCUGAGAGAGAGCCAGUAUCUGGCCCUCUUGGUUCAAAGAGUUUUAGAAAACUCUGCUUCUUAUAGCUGGCCAUCCUAUAGUCUCCCGGAAUUAAUCUGCCAAGAUAGGGGUGUCUGAUGACAAUCGCCCUGGGGUCACAACGGUGCCCAGCACUCUGGGGAAAUGGUGGGAUUUGAAUUCCAUUUGCUUUAAAACUAUCAGAAGGACACCGUGAGGUGAGACACUAGACAUCAGUGCUGGAAUGUACUGUAGGGGUCAUGAUGUCCAGUUCCCUCUACAUGAGUUAUCACAGGCAUGUCCCCCAAAAUGGUGGUCCGAUUUCUCUACAAAUGCCACCAAUGACACCAAUUUGCUCCUACCCAAGAGGAGUCAUUCCAAGGUUGGGCAGACUCUCAA